UCUGCUGCAAUGUCACCGGCGGCGUCACCGCCACUGCAGGCUGCCGGCACCUGCCACUGCCGCAGGAGACGGAGCCCGAGAGAGACCCCAGGGUUUCUGGGCACUGUGUGAGGCGAGGACGCAGCCGGCCACAUGGGCAGCACCAUGGAGCCCCCCGGGGGCGGCUACCUGCACCUGGGUGCCGUGACGUCUCCCGUGGGCACGGCCCGAGUGCUGCAGCUGGUCUUCGGCUGCACCACCUUCAGCCUGGUGGCCCACCGGGGCGGCUUCUCGGGCGUCCAGGGCACCUUCUGCGUGUCAGCCUGGGGCUUCUGCUUCGCGCUCUCUGUCCUGGUGGUGGCCUGCGAGUUCACCCGGCUACACGGCUGUCUGCGCCUGUCCUGGGGAAACUUCACGGCGGCCUUCGCCAUGCUCGCCACGCUGCUGUCCGCUACGGCGGCGGUCAUCUACCCACUAUACUUCACCCGGCUGGAGUGUCCGCCUGAACCCGAGGGCUGCACGGCCAGGAACUUCCGCCUGGCAGCCAGCGUCUUCGCCGGGCUCCUCUUCCUGGCCUACGCUACGGAGGUGGCCCUGACCCGGGCCCGGCCAGGCCAGGUGGCCAGCUACAUGGCCACAGUGUCAGGCCUCCUCAAGAUCGUCCAGGCCUUUGUGGCCUGCAUCAUAUUCGGGGCGCUGGUCCAUGAUAGCCACUAUGGGCGCUACGUGGCCACCCAGUGGUGUGUGGCUGUCUACAGCCUUUGCUUCCUGGCCACGGUGGUGGUGGUGGUCCUGAGUGUGCUGGGUCACACGGGGGGCCUGGGCUGCCCCUUCGACCGUGUGGUGGUGGUGUACACCUUCCUGGCCGUGCUCCUCUACCUCAGCGCUGCAGUGAUCUGGCCCGUCUUCUGCUUCGACCCCAAGUACGGUGAGCCUGGGCGGCCCCCCGACUGCCCAAAGGGCAGCUGCCCCUGGGACAGCCAGCUGGUGGUGGCCACCUUCACUUACGUCAACCUGCUCCUCUACGUCGCUGACCUGGCCUACUCCCAGAGGAUCCGCUUCGUGCCCACCUUCUAGCAUAACAGGUGGCAGCAGCCCACCCACCUCUGCUCUCCAGGGACUCAGGCUCAGGCAUCAUGAGAAGACCCAGGUGAACGCAGACCCCUGAGGACGAACUGGAGGGAGGGGGCCAAGAGAGCCAUGGCAGGGCUUCUGGCAGUGCUCAGCAGUGCAGCUCAGGGAGGCACAGAGAGGGGACAGAGGGGCAGGGAGGGCCGGAGGCCGUGAACAGGUCACGGGGGAGGAGUCUCACCAGGCAACUCCCACUCUAUCUCUCUGUCUCUCUUAUCUCUGUCUCUCUUUCUCUCUUUCCAUCUCUCUCCAUUUCCUGGCACGCCCUCCCUCAGUGCUGGCCCCUGUAACACAUGAGAAGCCUUUGAAACAGGCACUCCUGUGACCCACCAUGCAGAUGGGGACCUUUAGACCAGGAUUACAAAGUUGGCCCAAAAGCCCAUCAGUGUCUGGAGACCACGUCUGGGUUGAGUCACCUAAGUAGAGUUGAAAAGUGACAAUUCCCAGAGGUGUGGGAAGGGGUCAG